AAAACUGUUUUGUACCAACCUCGGAGAUCAUUGCUGUAGAAGAAACUGAACUUAGCAAGAAACAGCGUAAUAUUGGCAAAUGGCAAAAAAUGGCAAAGCCACAUGCUUUCACAGUGUAUUAUGUGAAGAAAGCGCGAAAUCACCGCUGGCGGUGCAGCGAUGUGACAUUCUGGUGUGUUGAUGAGCACUUGUGCAAUCAGUGGAUACAGGCGCUGAAAGAAUUACUUGAAAUGGACAAGUCAAGACCAAAGCAUUUGCUUGUGUAUAUUAAUCCAUAUGGAGGAAAACGACAGGGGAAAAGGAUUUAUGAACAGAAAGUUGCUCCACUCUUCAGUCUGGCUUCUAUCUCCACUGAUGUUGUUAUAACUGAACAUGCUAACCAUGCUAAGGACAAUUUAUUUGAAGUAAAUAUUAAUAAAUAUGAUGGUGUUGUUUGUGUUGGUGGGGACGGCAUGUUCAGUGAAGUGAUGAAUGGUCUCAUUGGAAGAAUGCAGAAGGACUCUGGCAUAGAUCAAAAUAAUCCCAAAGCACCAUUAGUCCAGUGCAGUAUAAGGAUUGGCAUAAUAAAGAAAGGGUUAACUUUCAGAUCAACAGAUUGCAUAUGCUAUUCAACUGUUGGCAUUUCUGAUCCAGUAACAUCAGCUCUCCAUAUUAUUGUAGGUGACUGUCAGCCUCUGGAUGUCUGUGCUGUACAUCAUAACAACAUGCUUUUGAAGUACUCUGUAUCGUUGCUGGGUUACGGUUUUUAUGGAGAUAUAUUAAAAGAUAGUGAAAAGAAGCGGUGGAUGGGUCCGAUGAGAUACGAGUACUCAGGCGUCAAGACUUUUCUUUCUCAUCAGUACUAUGAAGGAACAAUUUCUUUUCAACCAGCAAAGCACGCACUGGGAUCUCCACGAGAUAAAGAUAGCUGCAGAACAGGAUGUUAUAUUUGCAAGAAAAGUGAGCAACAGCUGGCAGAACACCACAAGGAACGUGGAUUAAAACAUGAAG